UCGUGAAGUAAAAGAAGUGAUAAUAAGCAGAAAAUAUCACGGAGAAAUUUGUUUUAUUUGUUGUGAUUUCAGCAUGUACGAAUUCCUAAUUUCCUUUGCUGUUGCUCAGUUGCAUUGAAUGUCACGUGAACACUUUAUAUGAAAAGUCGUGCAAGAAAUCGACUUUUUGCGACAAAACACGACAAACCUUGCCCGCGAACAUGGGGAGAUUAGAUCCUUCUGAUUUUCGCACGACUUUUUUGAUCAUUCAAAAAAAAUUUGAAAACAUCAAAACAUCAACAAUUUCUCCCUGUUCCCAAACAUCAAAACAUUUUUCAUUUUCAGGUCUGAUUUACAAAAUCAAAACAUCCAAACCUUUUUUUUAGCAACAACAACAAUCUAAUCUUUACAGUCAAAUUCAAAUUUGAAUCUAAAAUCUGGGAACGAUCGAAUAAUUGUCAAAAACAUGAGUAACAAUCCAUUAAACACUAUUGUAUUCGAUGAGGCUAUUGCUAGUAGAGGUGGUUUCCUGGGUGCUAUCAACGUUCCUAAGCAAUCUCCACUUUUCACCUAUACCAAUGGAAGAUCAUUAAUGUUUUAUAUACCACCUAAGGAUCCUCAAAGAAACAAGUUCAAAUCCCUUAUUAUAUCCAAUGGAGGGAUUAUAGUUGAUACCAAGCCUACUGAAUUACAAAACCAUAACGAUAUCAUUAUUGUUAGUACCAAGCCUAUUCUCGAUGUAUUACAAGAUGAUGGUAUUUAUAAUGUUAAUUUUGAUUUUAUUUUAAAUUCCCUUGAAAAUGGUGAAUUAGAAAGUUUAGAAGAUUAUCGUUAUAAAUUGAAUACUCAAGAAACCGUCAUUGCUCCAAGUCAUGGUCAAGAUUCAAAUGCAGUAAAUACAGCUGUUGCAACUACUGGUACUGGUACUGCUUUAGGUGGUAGGGGUCAUAAUAGAUUCACCCUUGAAAAAGAUGAAUUUAUCUUACAACAAAUCAGAUUGAAUCCAAGAUUUAGACAAAGUCAUCGUUUCUUUGAAGAAUUAAGUCAAGAACCAAUCUUAAAAGGUCAUACUGGUAAUUCAAUUCGUUCAAGAUUUAGAAAACAUUUAGUUAAAAAGUUACUUUGGGUCUAUAGUUUUGAUGAAAAUAAUAAAGUUAUUAAAGAUAAUGAAGGUAACCCUGUUAAAUUAGGUUAUGAUGAAUUACCUGAUACUUUAAAGAAUAAAUAUACUGCUCAUGAUGAUUAUUCUUUAUGUUUAGAUGCUUUGGCUUAUAUUAAAGAAAUUAAUUCAUCCAGUACUGAACCUAUUGAUAUUAAUAAGAAGCUUCCUUUACCUUAUUCAUUCUUUAAUGAUAUGUUCAAGAAGAUUCCAAAACAUUCUUUGCAUUCUUGGAGAGAUAGAUAUAGAAAAUUUGUUGGUGAUGGUACUUUACAAUCUUAUAUUACUUAUUAUGAAUCUUCAAUUGCUAAUGGAGUUGCUCCAAGAACUUUAACUAGAGUUAAUGAAUUUUCAAGAUCAGUUCAAGAAUUUAGGGAUGCUGUCAGAUCAACUGGUGAAGGUUCUUCGUCUUCUACUACUGCUGCUGCUCCUGUUGCUGCCGUCGCUUCACCCACUACUAUUGUUAAUUCAAGUGGCUUACCAGCUCUUAAUAGAAAAAGAAAAUUGGAUGAUGGUAUAGCUGAUUCUUCAAGAUCAGCUUUAGAUGAAGAAAUUGGUGAAUUAAAAAGUUCUAAUAUUGAUGCCACUUUAUUUGUUAAAACUGCUGGUGAUGAUAGUAGAAAGCAAGCUCAAGCACAAGCCAGAAAAGCUAGACAACAACAAGAACGUGUUCUUGCUGCUGCUGUUGCCGUUGCUACUGCUGCCACUAAUACUAAUGAAGAUGAAGAAUCUCAAGAUAUUUUAAAACCUAUCCAAGUUCCAAAAUUAACUGCUCAAUUAGGUGAUGAUGAAGAUGAUGAAGAUGAUGAUGGAGAAGAUGAAAUUGAAGAUAUUGAAACUGAUAAUUUAACUUCAUCAUCCAAUCAAACUCAUUCUCAACCAGAGCCACCAUUUGCUCAAUCAACUCAACAACAACCUGAUGAACCAAGUCAAUAUGAUACUGCACCUCAAGCUGCUGAAUCUCAAUCUGAAGAACCUUUCCAAUUACAAUACCUUGAUAUGAACAAUGUAAAUAUGAAUGAUAUCCUUUUAGAAAAAGCCAUUAAUCUUUUAGAAAAUAAUGAAUUCUUAAGUAAAGUCAAUGAAGUCACUUCACCUAAAUUUGAAAAUGGUAAAGAAAUCGAUGAAGAUUUAGCUGAUUUAGUCUUAAGAUUAGAAUCAUUAGGAUUAACUGAUAAAUUCUUAUCUCACAUAAUCUUAAGUUGUAAUGCUGAUAAAUUAACCAUUAGAUUCUAUCUUGAAAUUUAUAUUUCAAAUUUCCAGAAAUAUCUUCAAAGUAAAGCCGAUGAAAUGCAAUUUUAUGAAACUUUUGGUAUUAAUCAUGGUGAAGGUAUUUGGAAUAGAAAUAUGGAUUCGUUCAUAGGCACUAGAAAUGAAGAUAGUUUACUUGAAGUUCAUUCUAAAUCUCAACUUAGAGCUAGAAAGUUAUUCUUACAAGAUGUGGGAUUAUUAGGAGCUUAAGUUAAAUAGGGGUUUUUUAUCGUUAGUCGUUCUUGUUUGUAUUUUGAUAUUAGCGUUUGCUUUUCUCCGUAUAGUGUAAUCUAGUUUUUUUCAAAUAUAUAUCGUAUUUUGUUAUAAUUGCUUUACUUACUACAUUUGUAAACGC